AUUCCGUAAAAUGAACAAGCGUCUGGUUCCCAGAAGACCUCUGAGUGCCUCCUUGGGCCAGCUGAAUGAGGUGGGCCUACCUUCAGGAGCUAUCCUCUCGGAGGAAGGGGGAGUGGAAUUGCCCAAUAGGAAAACUUCUGCUCUGCCAAAUGGAAUUGUGUCAACAGGCAGCACGGUGACGCAACUUAUUUCUCGAGGGACAGACUCCGGUUACGAAACGGCUCUGAAGCCAGGGAAGAUGGACCAUCUGAGUAGCAGUGCCCCUGGAUCCCCUCCUGACUUACUGGAGUCUGUCCCCAAGAGCUCUAUUUCUGCCUUACCAGUGAACCCUCAUCCUGUGCCCGCUCGGGCACCAACAGAUCUGCCUUCAGUGUCUGUCACCAAGCAGUUGCAAAUGGUACCACGAGGGUCUCAGUUGUAUAAUACUCAGCAAGCAGAUAUGUUUUAUCAAGAUCCUAGAGGAGCAGCCCCACCGUUUGAGCCAGCACCCUACCAACAAG